AUAUAGUACUAUGCAAGCGGAGCGAAAGGACACACAGACAGCGCCGCUCGCCCGACACGGGACUCUGGCCGCCCCUCAAGGACAACCUCCCCCCGGGGAUAUGUGGGGCUUGGGAAACUUCCUCGCGGCUGCCACUUCGCCGCCUUUUUAAUCCCUGCCCACCGGGAUCCUUAAUUGCUUGAUUAUUUUUGAGAUUGGGGAGCCUUUGCUAUUGACGGACGCACUCAAGUCCAGCCUCAUUCAUUGGUGGAAGGAGGCUGGAAAUUUCAUCCUUCUUCUACCCCGACUGGCAGAUAAACAGUUCUCCUUCACUCAACUCAGUCGCUGGAUGUUACGGCUUUAAUUCGUGUGGUACAUGCUGGUGGGAUACACAUAAAGAGAUUAUCCCGGAAUGGUGGAUCACCUGCUUCCUUUGGAUGAAUCUUUCUCAUCCACCAGGCCUUCAAUUGGAUAUUUUGGGGACAUGACAGCAAUUGGAAGGUCCUACCAAAUGCUGCCCUCUCCCUUGUCCGAAGAUGACAGUGAUUCUUCCAGCUUUUGCUCAUGUUCCAGCCCUGAUUCCCAGGUUCUUGGCUCAAGCUAUGGGAGCUCAUCAAGCGCUGAGAGCCAGGACAGUAUUUUGGACUAUUUGUUGUCCCAGGCAUCCUUGGGGAAUGGCCAUACCUCCUGGUGGGACAAAAGGAGACUUCAGCCCAUUGUGAAGGACGAACAUUUCCAGAUGCCGGAGUUUAUGGUCGAAAUGGAUGAUGGUGGACCAUUCCAGCCCACCCUUGAGGAGAUAGAGGAGUUUCUUGAAGAGAACAUGGAGACAGAUCUCAAGGAGGGGCCUAAAAGUGAGACCAAAGACAUGAGAGCUUGUAGCCAGAUUACUGUGGCUUCCAUACAGCAAAAAGACCACAUGGUGUCCUAUAGUAGUUUAAAAGACAAUAAAAGUGAACAGUCGAACAGCACAAUGGAAGGUAGCCAUGCAUCAAAUGGAACAGUGUCCCUUGAUGGAGGGAUUCCAGUCAUGCUUCAAAUCCAACCAGUACCAGUUAAACAACAAUCAGACACAAGUCCUAGUUCACAAGGGCAAGCUCAAGACAAUAUUAAAAUUGCCCAGCUCCUGGUCAACAUCCAAGGGCAAACAUUUGCGUUAGUGCCCCAGCUUGUCCAGUCAUCUAACUUGAACUCAUCUUCUAAAUUUGUCCGCAUAGCCCCAGUUCCUAUAGCAGCAAAACCUCUUGGGCCUGGAGGUACAAUCCAGGGUCAAACAGGGGUCAUCAUGGGUCAAAAAUUUCAAAAGAACCCAGCAGCUGAACUUAUUAAAAUGCACAAAUGUACUUUUCCUGGAUGUACCAAGAUGUACACAAAAAGCAGCCAUUUAAAAGCCCAUCUGAGAAGGCACACAGGAGAAAAACCUUUUGCAUGCACAUGGCCUGGUUGCGGAUGGAGAUUCUCACGAUCGGAUGAGCUUUCUCGACAUAGGCGGUCGCAUUCUGGAGUGAAGCCUUACCAAUGUCCUGUGUGUGAAAAGAAGUUUGCUCGAAGCGACCACUUGUCCAAACACGUCAAAGUCCACCGAUUUCCUAGAAGCAGCCGAUCUAUGCGCUCAGGGAACUGAUGUGUCCUGCCUUCUUUCUCCUUUCCAUCUGUCUAUCCAAGAGCAGGUGCUGGCAGCUCUGUCUUCAGUACCUUUCUCUCUCACAAUAAUUUAUUUGUCUCGACCUAACAGCCGAUGCCUUGACUUCACACAUACAUCCUACUUGUUGUCUCCCUCCAUACACCUUUUCCUUAUUCCUUUCCUUUUCUCCACUGCUGCUGCUUCCUUUGAAAAUUACAGUGUUUUAUUUUUAGCUGUUUUCUCCAGCACCAUGAUAAUUUAUGGGCUACUUGCUGCUAGUUAAUUAUAGGUUUGGCAUUCCUGGGGGCUUUGCUCAUGUACAGGGCUAUUCAUUGUAGGUUUUUGUUUUUGUUUUGCUUUGUUUUUUAAAAAAAAUCUUAUUGCAUUAGUCCUAGUUGUCCAUUUUGGAAACAGCAAAUUCCUUUUGAAAUGGAAACAACUCCUUUAUUGAGGGGAAUACUUUGUUGUUGUCAGUGUUUAGUGCAGUGCGGGGCAUUACCAUUAGCUGGAAAUGAUAGCAACUAACAAAAGGAAAAAAAAACAAGAAGCCAUUCUGGAAGGCUAUGUGUACGUGCAUGUGUAUUAACCAGGAUAGUUUGAAAAAGUUACUUUUUUGAACAGACUUCCAAAGCCCCACAAUGAGCAAGGAGCGAAAGCAGAACCUAAGAGAGUCUGUAGAUUAUUUUUCAAAUUGUAAUUAUAAUUAUGGACAGGACACAGUUUUACCAGGUUUCUGUUUGUAAUCAGAGUUUGUGAUUUGAAUCAGAAUUGUGGUUCUCCCAAGCACAGCAUAAUACCAAGAUAGUCCUUUGGAAUCAUCGAUCCACCAGUUGUUUCUGCUCUUCACUUUGUGGCUCUUUUUCCCUACUCGUUCCAUCCUGUUCUGCCAUUUUCCAUUUUUUAUUCUCUCAGUGUGAAAGAAAGGCAGGGCAGAAAUGAUUAAACAUUGGCAUGGGGGAGGGGGAGAGAAGAGGAAUUUUUGUUUCUUGAUAAUUGACUACCCUAUAUCCUCAUGUAUAAGUCAUAGAAUCAUAGAACUGUAGGGUUGGAAGACCCCACAUGGGCCAUCCAGUCCAACCCUCUGCCAGUUAGAAAUUUUAGCAAAAAAAUCAAAACCCCUGAAUCAAUGUAUCCACAGGUCAAACUGAGUACUGUAACUUUUUAUCAAAAAAGGAAUCAUCUCCUUCUCUGAGCAGAAUGGCACACAAUAAGAACUUAGUCCAUCUCAGGAGAAACCAAAAGAAGCACAAACCCCUUCUAUUCUUUCUGCCGGGGUGCUACUUCUGACCUUUUUGAAAGUGGUCAAGGACUUCUAAUCACCACCCUUGUGGUCACUUGGUGUCUUUACAGACUAAAAGGUGAACAAACAGAUCUUGGAAGUAACUAGUUAGAAAUAAGAAACACAUAAUUACUUCUUUCCCCCAAUAACAGAACCAUGACUACAGUACAUAAAGGUUAUAAUCUCACAGGGGAUAAAUUUACCUAUUUUGCCAUCUUACUGUAAUGUUUUGCCAUCUUUCUAUGAUAGGAAUACAGCAUCACUAAACAUUGGGAGAAAGAUAUAAUAUGUUUGGAAUACUGGCUUGUGCUGUACUUUGUGUUCUGUCAUGAGUGUUGAUGUAUCAGGGAGGGAGGUUGGAGAAGAAUGUUUUCUUACCAGCAGCUUUUAAUAUUGAGAUUUAUUUUGGGGAAAAACCCUACCUAUGUGAUAAUUAUUUGAAUUGCUUUUUAGAAGUGAGCAAUGAAGCCAUUGCUUUAAAAAUAAUGAUAGCAAUAUCUAACGACUUUGAGGGUGGCCCUUUAAACUAAAACUGCAGUAGCCUCUCCACUUCCUUGGGAAUUAGAGGCUCAGGAUUAGUGUAAAAGGGAAAACCUAUAAAUGAAAACAUACACUUUUUCAGUUUGAGGGAACACCGCUCUAGCAUAUAUUCAUGUGUCCUCCACAGGACGUUGACCAUAGAAGCAUGCUGGAUGAUCUACAAACACCUAGAGAAGUGUUUUCUUUAGGCACCUCUAGGUCCUCCAGUGAACCCGUAUAGCAAACUUUUGGUUUAAGUUGACCAUAGAUUCCUAGAGCAAGCAAAUUAAUCACAUCCACAAAUAGUAAAACCACAAAAGCUAAACUUGCAAAUGUGGGGGGCCGAUAGUAAUUUGGGGGGGGGGGGUUGUCUGGUUUUUUUUUAAUUCAGGCUCUGUAAAUAUAUUUGAGUGCCAUGUCCCCAUGUUUACAAUAUGGAAUUAAAUCCUUGUCCCUGGUGCCUGGGAUGAGGGAACUUAAGACUUAGUGAAUGUUUUACGAAAGCACUUUUAGCGCCUUUGGAGGCAAGUGGUGCCCAAGCGUGGAGUCUCCUUACAGGCCACUAUUAAGAGAACAGUGCAACUGGGGGUGUUCUAGCCAGCUAGCAUGGUAGCUGUUAAGGGCUUUCAGAAGAGAAUAUAUGCAUACGUAUAUAAAAAUAAAUAAGUAAAUACAUAUAAGCAGAUGCUGGAUGCAGAAUUAUUGUGUGAGGCAACACUUUCUUCCCUCUGUCCUCUUCUUUCUGUACUUUGCUGAUUGUAUGAAGCUUCCUAGCAAAUAGAAUCUGUUAAUAAGAAAUGACUUUU